GUCUUCGCUAUGGAUGCAAGGGAUGGAAACACACAAAGGAGAAACACACAAUUAGUCUAGUGAUGCCCAUUACAUGCAUUGCGUUUUUAGAAGUAGCACCCAAGUUUGCAUUGUAAAUCAGAUGCACUGAAUCCCUGCUCGGCCGGAUCCGUCUGUGUGUCGCUUCCCCCUUUUCAGAAGGAGCCGCAUCAACAAAAUGUUGGGUAGGUCGUUCACCUGGAGGAAAUAUAACCAGCGUACCCUCUCUAUGCAGCACCGGCUCCCUCUUCACCACUGACAUGCCCGAGCCCAGCAGAAAAUCCAGGAUCAGAGGGCUCAGAGCUACAGCUGGACGCGUGAACUGGAAGGAGGACGGGAAACAGGCGCACACCGGGUGUCCGAAUCGGUGGAGGCCGGAUCACAUCUGCUGGGGACGAGCAUCAAGGGCAGUGCGGCACUCCAGCGCUUCGGGAGCAGGCGACACGGAUCAUCCACACACCCUCAGCUCCACAGCAGCACCGUGUUCCCGUUACACUUCUCCAUCGGUCUCAAAGAUGCGCUAGAACAACGCACACGCGCGCGCGCGCUCUGAAAUGCAUCAAAACAUGUCGACAGCAGACAUGCUUUUCAGCGCUUUCACCCGAAGGGUUUAUCGAGAACAUAUGGAGUUGGAAAUGAAGACGAGGGUCUGUCAGCGUUUCAAGGGGUGUAAAAAGUGCCAAUGAAUAUAUUGCUCAAAUAUAUCCUCCUUUUUCCGUCAUUGGCCACAUUGACACCCCUAAUAAGCAGGACCAUGGGUUGCAUUCAGAGCAUCGCCUGCAAGCCCCGCAUCCGACGGGAGAACAUAGUGGUCUAUGAGGUCUCAGCCUCCAUUGACCAAUGCCCGACCAUCAUUGAGGAGAAUUCGCCCAUUGUCCUGCGAUACAAGACCCCGUACUUCAGAGCAUCGGCCGGGAUCGUGAUGCCCCCGGUCCCCAGAAACGAAACAUGGACCGUGGGCUGGAUUCAGGCGUGCACCCAAAUGGAGUUCUUCAAUACAUAUGGUGAUAUUGGCAUGUCCAGCUGGGAAUUACCUGAGCUUCGAGAAGGACGGGUGAAGGCCAUAAGCGAUUCUGACGGUGUCAGUUAUCCCUGGUACGGUAACACCACCGAAACAGUGACCCUCUCAGGCCCCACAUCCAAGCCGUCCCGGCUAACGGUGAGUAUGAACGACAACUUCUACCCCAGCGUGACUUGGGCGGUGCCCAUCAGCAACAGCAACACGCCCAUGCUCACGCACAUCACCCGAGACCAGAGCUUCAUCACCUGGCUGGUGGCGCUAAACGCAGACACCAAAGAGCGUAUCGUUCUUCAAACGGUGCGCUGGCGUAUGCGUGUAGACAUUGAGGUGGAUCCUUCCAUGCCGCUUGGUUCUCGUGCCAAACUGAUGGGACGGCAGCACCAGGAACAGCCACACAUUCUCAGCAACAACGAGCCCAUCCCGCCCAACGCUCUGGGCAGGCCCAAUGCCAACGAUGCCCAGGUGCUAAUGUGGAGGCCCAGGAGAGGACAACCUCUGGUAGUCAUACCACCCAAAUAAGGGUGUCUUAACAGUGCCUAUGGGACAUUGAAGGCUGCAUGCACUGUUUGGCCGUUGUGGAUUCCCAGUUUUGUUGGGUUUCUCAGUUGCUCUGAACUAGUCAGUCGAGAAGGGAAGUCUCUGCGUGCACCAUGAGGUUUAACUACCUUUACUUGGUCAGACAGCAAAUGAUCAAGAGUAACUAGUACUAUAUGAACCCACUAGGUUUAAGGAAUAAUUUGCAGAAAAAAAUGAAUAUGUAGUAACCCUCGUGUUUUCUAUUUUCUUUGUUCUGCAGAACACAAAAGAAGAUUUGCGACCCUGCACCACUAAACCAGUCAUAAGGGUCAAUGUUUUGAAAUUGAGAUUUAUACAUCAUCUGAAAGCUGAAUAAAAAUGUUUUCCAUUGAUGUAUGAUUUGUUAGGAUCAGACAAUAUUUGGCAGAGAUACCACUAUUAAAAAAUCUGGAAUCUGAGGGUGAAGAAAAAUCUAAAUACUGAGAAAAUUACCUUUGAAGUUGUACAAAUGUAAUUCUUAGCAAUGCAUAUUACGAAUCAAAAAUUAAGUUUUGAUAUUUUCAUGGUAGGAAAUUCACAAAAUAUGUUCAUGGAACAUGUUCUUUAUUGAAAAUCCUAAUGAUUUUUGGCAUAAAAGAAAAAUCUAUCAUUUCGACCCAUACAGUGUUUUUUUUGGCUAUUGCUACAAAUAUACCAGUGCUACUUAUGACUGCUUUUGUGCUCCAGGGUCACGUGUUUUGUAGAAUGUUUCAGCUGUUUUUGUCCAUACAAUGAAAGCCAAUGGGGUCCAAACAUUAUGUAGCAUAACAUUAAUCAGUGCAACUCGACUGGUAUCUUUCAAGUCCUCCAGAGCAAUGUGAUCGCUUUAAAUGAAAAUUUUAAAUCAUUGAUUAACGCAUGCAUACGCAGACUACAUUAAAUAGGGUGAACGUCAACGAAAGUCAUACCACACUGGUUCCUGCAAGUCAAGUCUUAAUAUGGACAAAAUACAGCAGAAUACAUUCUUCAGUUGUGUUUCAUAGAAGAAAGAUAAUCAAACAGAUUUAGAAUGACGUGAGGGUGAGAAAAUGAUGACAGAAUCUUCAUUUUUCAGUGAACUGUCCCUUUUGGAAAACCCUUAGUGGUAAUAUCUGUACAAUUAUUACUAAGAGUAUUAUGUUAAGGUUUUUUUUUUUUUGCAACAAGGCCCUAAAAUUUCAGGACGGAUGUUAUCUAAUGCAUGAAAAAGAUUGAAUGUUUGGUCCCAUACAACACAAAGUGAAUCCAGUGACAUUAAAAGAACCAAGGGAGGUCACCAAAAGUCCAGUUGGAAAUGUACACUUUUGCUUUAUAGGACAACUAGCAAAACUCUUUGAAACUUCUUUCAGUCGAUUGAGACUUGUGGCUUAAUUUCAAAUGCAAGCAAUUAUCUUUUACGAAAGAUAGAAAAAGACCGCAGAGUGCAUGAAGACAGCCGCCUGUUGAGGCGGAGAGUAUUUAGUAAUGUCGAUGAUGCAUUGGGGCUGUUCAUCCAAUCAGACACAUCCUGGCACCGGCGAGUCGAUAGGAGUUUGUUUAUGCUCGCACAUGGGUCCGUUUGAGUUUACGCAGUGGGGGCUGCACCAUAGGCAUUCACCAGAUUAGUCACAUGCCAUACACACUCCAUCUGUGCCAUUCCACGUCCCCGUCUCACUCCGUCCUCUCCCACUGAGACUCCUUGUGUAAGUAUGACACAGACCAAAUUGAGUUUCCAUUACAAAUGUCAGCUUUACCUGUGUAGGGGGGCUAAAACGUAAACCCCAAAAUGACAAUUCUUUACCCACCUUUGUGUCGUUACAGACUUGCAUGUUUUUUUCUUUUGUUGGACAAAAAGAUGUUUUUGGGACUGUUUUGUCCAUGCAGUGAAUUUUCAAAACAACAAACAAAACAUCCUUGACUUUUUCUGAAAACUUUUAUCUAUGUAAAAUCAUAUCCCCAAUUGCUGUACAUUUUGGACUUACUUUCAAAAUAAUGCUUUUGCUAAUAAAAAAGAAAUUAUACAGGGCUGUUUAAAUAUAUAAAAAAAAGGAACAAUAACAAAAAUAAAUAUUCUGCCUGCUGUCUUGGCAAGCAAUGCAAAUUAAUAUUUAAAUAAAGGUUUAUAUAAAGAUAGCAGAUGUUUUUUUUUACAAAGAAGGUUCAAAGAAAUCAAUGUGAAAAACACAUACAUAUAUUAAAAAAAAUUAAUCCAAUAUACAUUUUCUACUUUUAGGUUCUUUCAUCUUUCUCUGGAGACCAACAAACUAACAUGCAUAAAGUAUAAAGUGUGUGGCUAAUGCUUUCAUGAGACACUGCUAAAUGAAUACUUAUAAAUUACUUGAUAGUUUUAUUCAUUAUUUGCAUGCUUUUGAUUUAGUGAAUUGUAUUGUUUUAUUGUGCAUUGCAUUGGACUGGUUGGAAAUGAAGAGGUGAUAUCCAAUCUGGAGAUAUAAUGGAAAAUAAUAACAAUGACUAACUCUUAAAUCUAACAGAGCAUUUAUUCAUGCCUGAUGCUUUGCCUAAAAUCACUUUCAAAGGAAAGUUGCAUUGGAAGGUGAGAUGCAUGCAGUACGACUAAAGCUUGGAGCAAGGUAGAAUUCAUCACCUGAUAAAUACCUCACCUCAUCUCCCUCUAUCAUUUCUCAGUUACAUCUUCUGUAUCUCUGUCAAAGCCAUAUUCCUCUUCAAGAUGAUCAUCUUAAUAAAGAUGCAUUCAAACAUAUAAAGUCAUGAUCUGAAAAUGCAAGAACACCAGCAGCAAAUUACUGGUUUUUAGUGAUUUCAGCAUUUCUUAGAACAGGAAUGUGUGCUGAAAUGAGGAAUAAAAAUGUUGCUUAAAUGGUUAAAACCCACUUUCUUUCAUACCCCCAUGCUUUCCCACUGCAAAACAAGUCUAUGCAAUGGAAGAGACGGAGUUUACUGUGGAAAGUUUCAUAGCGUUGCAUUAAGGGCGAGAAAGACCCAGUUAGAGGGGGAACUGAUUUUUCACCUCCCUUCUUGCAUGCAAGUUGUUUCUGCAUAAAACAAACUGUGAUGCACCAUAUAUAUAUAUUUCCACUGAAACCCCCAGUUGAGAGCAACAAGGUCUGACAGUUCACUCUGUUCAUUUAAGGACUAAUAAAAAUGCACUGCGCAUCUCUCAGGAGUGUUUUUUCCCCCACAAUGCCAGAUUAUUAGACAAAUCAAAAUGCAGUCAUUACUCCUAAUGGUUCAACGUUUGAGAGUCCACUUGUUUUUAUUACCAGAAUUUGACAGGAAGACGCUUUAGAAACACUUUUUAUUGAAAAAUGAUGAAAAUGAUGUUUCUCAAAGGAUACAUUCAAGUAAAACAAUCGCUUUUCUCAUGUAUUGCACACAAAAUAAAUAUGAAACUGUAACAUGUUGAA